AUGCUUCCGUCCCGCGUCCGCGUCCCCAAGUCCCGAAGACGAGCCUGCGACGCGUGCCACAAACGAAAGAUCCAGUGCGACAGAGGCGUGCCGCUGUGCGACUGGUGCACGCAUCACGGCUUGGCGUGCACUUUCAACCGAGCCCUCCAGCCGAGGGGGGCUGCCACCAGAGCCAGCAAGAGCCCAUGCCAUAGUCCCGGCCCGGCAAGAGCGGAUCUCGCUGACCGCCCCACCACCUUGGACAUACGGAAUCCUCGGCCAAGCUCCCGGUCACACGAGCCGGGCCUCACAGAAACUCCGAAGUCCACUCGCGAUUCCGAUUCUCCGCAGUCGCACUCGCACUCGCACUCGCAUUCUCACACGCGCGUAAACACGCCACAACUACCACCGCCGCCACAGCUACCACCACCACCGCCGCCGCCGCCGCCGCCGCCGCACUUGCCGCUGCCUCUGUCACUGUCACUGCCGUCUGACCUAGAGUUUGGCGCCCAGGGAGCUUGUUUUGGCAAGUUGCACUUUGCCGGCUACCAUCUAGGCGAGAUCAGCAGCUACAAUGGCAUCCCGCUGUUCUCGCCCGAGUGCCAGGCCCUGAUUUGCGCCCGCACCGGCAAGCGGGCCAGCUUCCCGGCCCAGCUAGGCGACCCGUGGUCGUGGGAACCCCACGGCCCCGCCCACCCGUCUCUUGACGCCCAGUCCAAGUCCAUCCAGCCGCCGCCCAUUAGCCUCUCGCUGCCCGACAGGUCCAUCACCGAGGCCUUUGUCGCCUUCUUCAAGACGUCACACCUGAGGCUCGUCUUCCCCUUCAUCAACUUUUCCCUGUUCCAGCACACCAUCGACGUUGCCUACACGCCAUGGAACGGCUGCGCCCCCUCGUCGCCCGAGCCCGUCGCCGCCAAGGCGUGCGUCUUUGCCUUUCUCGCUAUCGUGUCCCUGCUGGGCUGCCCCGUGAAAGAGUCCAUCGACGGCGAUGAGUUCGCACUCAAGGCCCACCAGCUGCUGCCGGUGCUGCUCCAGCAGUUCAACGUGACCGGCCUGCAGACGGCCCUAAUGCUGUCCACGCACCAGCUGUUCUCGGGCCAGGUCCAGUCUUCGACCUUGCUCCACUCCCUGGCCUGCCGCAUCGUCUUCUUCCUCGGCGGCCACCUCCUCGCCGACCCCUGGUCAACGCCAUCCGCCUCGCAGGCCAAGCGGCACCUGCGCCAGCUGUUCUGGCUGUGCUACUCGCUCGACAAGGAGAUCUCGCUGCGCACGGGCCAGCCGCCGUCCAUCGACGACAAUCACUGCGACCUGACGCUGCCCGCCGGCUACCUAGCCGUGCAGUACCUCGACAAGGACAAAUAUGCCGACUCGGCGCCGUGGGAGGAGACGGCGGUGCCCAUCCUGCCCGGCGACCUGCGGCUGGCCUUCCUCAAGUCCAAGACGUGCAACCUACUGUACUCGGCGCAGGCGCUGCGCAAGUCGGACGCCGAGCUGCUCAAGGACAUCCGCGAGCUCGACGACGAGCUCGAGCGCUGGCGCCUGUCGGUGCCGCGCAACCACCGCCCGCUGCUCUCCGUCUCGCCCGACGCCGCCGCCGACCAGUUCACCGAGUGCUCCCCCGACGGCGUGCGCACCCUCGUCAUCAACUUCGAGUACCACUACCUCAUGGCCACCAUCCACCGCGCCACCGGCCGCUGCCGCGCCUGGGGCGCCAACGGCCACGUCGCCGGCGGUGUCGCCGAGCUUGAGGAGCAGGGCGUCAGCUCCUCGCUGGCCCUGUCCAUCGAGGCCAGCCGCUCCACCCUGCUGUUCCUGCGCUCCGUGCCCCACGCCCUGCUCGAGGAGUCGACGUCCGUGCUGGCCUUUUACCCUAUGUCGGCCGUCGUGACGCUGUUUUUCAGUAUCCUGCUUGACCCGCUCAAUCCGCGCUCCGCCCAGGCGGAUCUCGGCCUGCUGGCGUCUGCGCCGGAGCUGAUUAAGGGCAUUCGCCGCAGGCGCCUGACGCGCAAUGAGAUGCUGCACAUACAGAUGGUGGAUGAGUUCAUUGCUGAGCUGACGCACCUCGCCCACUGCGCAGUGCGCGUGGCACAGGAGAGGGGGUGUGAGAGGAUGGAGAGGGAGGUUGACGGUGGGACAUGA